AUAUCGUAUAAGCUGUGUGCUAGCAUUAUUGCAUAGUACUGAGACGUGAAGAUAGAAGUCGGCGCCGGAGUUUUUUCGUGACAUUGUGCGCUUGCGCUUCGGUCCGAUCGCCGCACGGUGUUGAGUGCGGAUUCAAGCUACGCGCCAACACUUUAAAGGGCUCCAACCAUGACGACAGCAAGCGUGUUGCUGACAGUGAGCACCUGGAGCUGCAGCGGCGAUAAAUGUGAGCGCGAGGUGGUGGGGCGCGCGGCAAGGUCCGUGGCGGCCGUGGCGGCGCGCGAGCUACGCGAGACGGCCGCCACCAGGGAGCAGGCGCUGCGGCUCAUGAGGGAGUGGCUACGGCAGAACAAGGACGUCGCCAACGUACGACAAGAUGAAUCUUUCUUACUGCGAUUCCUGAGACAGAAAAAAUACAGCAUACCCAUGGCACAACAGACACUUUUAAAAUACCUGAACUUGCGCAAGUUAUACCCGGAAGGCUUCUCGCAAUUAGACUGUGAAGACGCAAACAUAAAAGACAUAAUAAACAAUGGGUACAUAAUGGUGUCUCCGGUACGCGACAGCAUGGGUCGUCGGGUCAUAGUCUACAGCAUAAAUAAGUUCAACGCGAACAAGUUCACGUGUUGGGACAUGUGCCGAGCGCACGCGCUGGUGUACGAGACGUGCAUGGAGGAGCCGGCCGACCAGGUCUGCGGGUUCACACACGUCGGAGACGUCGCCGGUGCCAGCGCCGCGCACGUCACCGCCUGGAAUCCGACGGACUUCGCACGCCUCAUCAAGUGGGGAGAGCAAUCUUUACCGAUGCGACAUAAAGAAUGCCAUUUGAUAAACCUCCCGGCAACCGUGCGCUACGUCAUCGACUUUGCGGUCAGCAGGGUACCUCCCAAAAUGGCGGAAAGACUGAAAAUCCAUCAUAAUCUGAAAUCCUUGCACAAACAAAUCGAUAUGGCGUGCCUGCCUACAAGUUUUGGGGGCGCCAUACAGACGCAGGAUAUGAUCGAGUACACCAAAAUACUGCUGAGCGAGCAAAGGAAGAAGUUGCUCUCUCUGGACAACAUGGAGAUACUCAGCUCGCGGGGCAUCAUCACCUCUCGGAGUAAGACCACGCCUAACGCUGACGCCGUCGAAGGCAGCUUUCGAAAAUUAGAAAUUGAUUAAACCCUUUGUUUAAGACAUAGUGUAUCUUUUUAUAAGUCUGAUGCCUCGUGUUACCGUUCGAUGAUUGUUAGUAAGUACAAUCCACAAAAUAUAUAAGUUAAUGGGUUAGUUUAUGGAAGAGUAGGUACUGAGUAAAGAAGUAAUUUACAUAGAGAUUUCAUUGGUCAAUUACCUAUAUAACAUUUCGCUUGGUAUAUUCAGAUCGUAAAAUCAGGCAGAUCAUGAAAUUCCUUUGCAUAUCGUGAAUUGUGAAAAUCAUUGUCUAGUUCGCAGAGUCGACGGAGCCCCCGGCUCCUAUUUCUGGACAGUGCCCUUCAGGCAUCUGAAGCAACCUAACGAACCUAUAAUAUUAUCGUGUCAUUCACGAAGACGCGUGCCUUUUGACUCGUAUGGCCAUGUUAUUAAAGGUUAGAUUUGACAAAUCUGCGCUUAAUCGUGGAUGACACGAACUAUACCGUUGUGCAUAUACACGACACGACAAAAAUACGCUUAAACCUACAUUAUAAUUUGUUAAGAAAAUUGGAAAUCAAUUUAAUUUGUUUAUACAUUUGACACAAACUACCCAUUGUAUAUUCAUUACAUAAAAGUAACCAUGUAGGUUACUACUACUCUUAGAUGCAGAACUUCAUGUGUAUUAUUACUGUAGGCAGGGCUAUAACCGCGAAAAUCAAAGUUCGUCAAUUGCGGGCAUUGUACUCCGUCACUCUAAUUACGUCUUAAUGCCUUUCGUGAUUUUUCUCACUUGAUGGUCUCAUCGGAAGAUCAGCGCUGGAAGCCACCAGCAACAUGCUGAGAUGAGGCCAUUUCGUGGCACUUUAUACUUCUUUUGUUUUUGUUAUAUCAUGUAAUUUAAUGUCUUGUUUGUGUCUACGAAUAAAAAAUAUUCUAUUCUAUUCUAUUCUAAUGAGAGUAAAAGAGAAAGAUCCCCGUAAUUUGCGAAUUUGGGUUUUCGCGUUAGGCCCCCAGACUUCCGAGUCCAACAAAACAAUAUAGCGAGAGUAAUUUUGUAAUUAUUUUUGCAAGAACUAUUUUCACUUAUCGGAAUUCAAAAGAGCAAAAUUGGGAACUAUAAAAAUACUACACGGUGGUUUCAUUAUCCUCUUAAUUUCGACAGCUUGUCAAUGUUGCAGAUGUUAGGCCAGAAUAAGAACCUAGGUUUAAUUAUAAUUAUGACAAGGUAAUGUAACGGUUAUAGAAUAAAACGAUUUUUUAAUAAA